AUGGGACGCGCGAGGCAACUGUAUGGUCAAGAGUCAUCGUUCGGCCUAUGGGGCCCGACUUUGGCCGUCAUGGUUGUGGCAGCGUUCUGCUUGAUCUGCUGGCUCACAGCAGCAAAGCCGCCAGAUGUCCAGCAGAGCGUUCGACAAAUCUGGGAGGAUUCUGCUCUCGGCCAAAACCGUGAUCAACGGGGAUGCUUGCAAGCAGCAGGCUUCGUUUGGUGCGAGGGUGCAGGCAAGUGCAUCAGACCAUGGAAGGAGGCUUGUCCGGGGGGCACUGACUUCUGCCGCAACUACUGUGCGGAGCAGAAGCGCCAGGAAGCGUCACAGCGACCCAGAAACAGACCAGGAUCUCACAGUGUUUUCUGCCGCUGUGCUGGCGAGGCCGAUGUGGAACGUGCUGAAAUUGAUGACAAGCGGUUGGACAAAAGAGAUGUCCUUAUGCUGCUAACCUGCUCAG